AUGAGUACUCAUCGUAUCAAAAGGGGGCGUCAUCAGCCAGUCGAAACACCAAAAGCCACUAACACUAACAACAACAAAGUCAAAAGACUGACCUUGACUGAUUGGUACGAACUCUGUGAAAAGUUUGUAGCUGCCAAAGAAGAGGCUCCCAGCCUGUCACGAAAUGCCUUUUUGAGAUCCAAAGCCAGUGGCCCCAACUUCGAAGAUAACCAGACCAUGCGAAAUGGUUUUCACAGAAGUCUCAAGAAAUACAAUAGUGGAGAACUAAAGCCAUGCAAUCGCCUCCGAAUGAGAAGCAGAAAGUAUCAUGCCAUUGAAGAAAAACUGCUCCAAUACAUGCAACAACAACAACAACAGCAAUCCAAGAGGCAUCACUAUCAUCCUGCACAAGACAUCAUCAAUAAUACGAUGAUGUUACCCUACCCCGAAAUCAAAAAGCGUUGUUUGACAUGGGCCAAGGAAUUGGGUUUGGAUGGUUUCAAAUGUUCCAACAAGUGGAUUUCCGAUGUCUUGAGUCGGCGUGCCGAGAUUGCCACUGUGACAAACCGCAAAGAAGGUAGUGGUGAUCGAACCACUAUUACUAAGGUUGAUAAUGAUGCGACUGCUACUGCUUCUGCUUCUGCUGGUACGAAUGAACAACAACGACAACAAGACCAUACUGCAAGCCCGGUAAUUGGAAAUAAGGCAUCGGAGAAGGAUGCUGCUACUGCUACAGUUGAAAAGCAAGUCCCGCCUGCCAAAGCUUCGGUGGAAGCAAGCAAGAUCAGCAGAACGCAAACACCAGUAGUAGUAGUAGCAGCAGCAGCAGCAACAACAACAACAAGCGGCAAAGACUUUUUGGAACAAGGCGACAAUAGGAGUUCGGACGACGAGGACAUUUCUCUGGAACGGGUCUUGACAGGUUUGAAAGAUGUCCAAACCUAUUGCAAAAAGAGAAAACUGGACGACGCGUCCUCCUUGUUGCAGAUUGUCAAGAAAUUCAUUAACGAGAAGUCAUGA